AUGGCCCGUGUGAACAAACAGAGCGCCGGUGGUUUGAUGCUUGUUUGUGGCCGGGCCCGGCCCCGGUCCGUGCAAACAAAACGUUAUCUCUUUCUGGUCCGGGCAACCGAGCCUCCCGCCCGUCUCAUCGCCAUGGAGCUGGCUGCGAGCUCGGGAUUUGAUGUGGCCGAGGUGAACUUUGUGGGGGCUCUCGUGGUCCAGAGGCUGCUACGUGUUCGCCUCCUAUUCAAUAGAUGGUUCAACAAACCAGAUCCAAAUGAUAACCGCAAAAACCCGUCGUUGCACGGAGCCCGAAUCAAGUCAGCCUUCGGUCUCCGUCUUGUGGAGCUCCGCACUGACCCUGAGGGCUCGGUGUUCCACCACUGGGAGUUCCUGAGCCAGACGCCGCCCACCGAGUUCACUCUGCGGAGGUCAAAGGUCAGCAACAUGCCAGCAGACGUUAGCAGCAUCACCGUCAUGGCUGAGGACAGCUACGGCAACAUCAUGAAGAAACGGUUCAAAGUGGACGUCUUCGUGUGAUCUCAGACCUCUCCGGGGCUCUAUGAGGACCCAUCGGCCAAAUAGGACCCCAUAAGUCGUACCACAAGCCUGCCUAAUGCUCGAGGCACUUAGAAGGAGACAUUGGCCCAACUCUAAGCUCCAGAAUGUAUCUCUGAAGAAAUAUGAGUGUAAAUCUCAAAUCUGUCAACAAAAUGUUUUGUUCAAAUCAUCUAUGUAAAACUUGUCUUAUUUUCCGGUGUGUUCAUUAAUCAGCCAAAUAAUAUUACUACAUGAUCUGAAUUUUUUAAAAGUUGAACAUGGGUCAGUCGGUCCUAAGAGAUAGGAAACCUCUGUUCUGACCUCUCAAUGAAAGAAGAGCUUUGUUCAUUUGAUUGUGCUCUUGCAUCGCUUCGUGGGUGUUGUCUGAAAAUAGACAUGAGUGUGGCCAACAUUGACACCCAGAGGAGACUGCUGGGCUCACCCUCCUCCUCCCCCUUAUUUUUUUUUAAAAAAGUGCUCCUAACCUAGCAAUAUUGGGAGCUGAGUUCUACCACUACUGUUCAGUUCAUUUAGGCCUGUGGUCCUGUCUGGGACAUAUACCCCCAACAAGAACUCUCCAUGAACCCCGAUCCUGGGCCAGUUUUUCUCCAGCUGUCCCCAUGUAACCCCCACUUUUUUGUAUUCCUUACCACCUCUCGGCGCCAAGUGUGUUCUUUGUCGGCCUCUCUUCCUUUUCCCUUGUGGAUUCCAGCUUUGGGCUUGCUGUGUGAUGCUAGGUGCUGGCUUUCAGAACGUGUGACAGAUCCUUCUUCUAGAUCAUUUAAGGGUACUUCUUCCAUAGGUCACCGGGGUCUUUUUGUUCAUCCCAACGCUUAUUGCGUCUUGUUCAGAACUUCACAACACCUCACUUAGACAUCUGGGUGUCAUGAUAUUGUACUGUGCCGAAGAGAGAGAAAAAGCCAUUCAACUGUUUGGUUAGUAACAAUAACAAAAACAAUAGUAACAACAAUAAC